CUUUACAUGGCAAGAACACAGCUGGAGUCGCUGAUAUCUGAGCGAGCUAGCGGUGGUAAGAAAGUUUUACGCAAGGAGCUUGAUGCAAAGACUAUCGAAAGAAUUUCGAUCUUUUUGAGAAAAUCAACUCACUGGCCAGCUCUUUUCCGUCUUUCGGAUUCGCUAUCAGAAGCUGCCGAAUUGAGCCAGCUGUGGUUCCGAGAGUUCUAUUUGGAAAUGACUAUGGGUCAGCGAAUUCAGUUUCCAAUCGAAAUGUCAAUACCGUGGAUUUUAACUGACCACAUAUUGACUAAUCCUGACUCGUCAUUGAUCGAAGGUGCUCUUUACCAGUUGGAUUUGUACAACGAUGCUGCUAACUACAGCCUUUUCAACUUCAGAAAGCGAUUUCUUUUUGAUGAGGUGGAAGCUGAGGUGAACCUAUGUUUUGAUCAGUUUAUCUAUAAGCUGUCUGAUAUGGUUUUCACGCAUUUCAAACAGCUGGCCUCAUGGUAG